AUGGAGGUCAUUGUGUUCAGUCAGAGUCAUGUGACUGCAGUCUGUAUCAGGCUACUGGACACAGAUGUCAGACAGGUUCCAGUGCGUGUGUUGCCGACACCAAUGCAAAUGGGCUUGACGGUGAAGGGCGGUCAUGGCAGGCCUACUGGCAGCCCCAUGAGACCGGACAUUGGCUGGCAGACUUUUCUAGAUUUUCCAAACCCAGGCUUUGAGAGGGAGAUGACGUGCAGGUCAUGGGGUCAGCACAACUUUGAGACAUUUGACGGCCUUUACUACUACUUCCCUGGUCGAUGUACGUACACUCUGCUGCGGGACUGCGAGGAAACCACCCAGGCCAGCAUCGUCGUCCAGGUCCACAAUGACCCUAGCUGCAGCUCUGCUCCCUACACCUGCCAACGAUCAGUCAGCCUUUUCCUCCCCUGGGAGGGUGAAGUUCGACUGUACGCCACCAACAUCACCUUCAAGGGCCAAAGUCUGCAGCUGCCCACUCACAUCCAUGACCUGCAACUGGAGCAGAUCUCUCAGUACGUCCUGGUGACGCAACAGCACGGCUUCACGCUGGCCUGGGAGGGACGCAGUGGCUCUGUCUACAUCAAACUCAGCCCAGAGUUUGUGGGAAGAACUUGUGGUCUGUGUGGCAACUUCAACGCUGAUGUCCAGGACGACCUGAAGACCAGCUAUGGUGUGUUGACCCAUGACAUAGAAAUGUUUGGGAACAGCUGGGUGGAGGCAGAGCCCCACCAGGCCCAGUGUCCCAUGGUGCCGUCAGGCUUCCCUUCACCCUGUGCUGCUGUUGACGCUCAUGUCUUGCUGAAAGUGGAGGAGGUGUGUGCCAUGCUGCUGGAUCCGCCUUUUCAGAGCUGCCAUGACUUCGUCAGCCCGCUAUCCUACAUGGCCAGCUGCUCCAAUGACCUCUGCAUGUCGGGUCCCAACGGUGAAGUGGUAUGCCAGGUGUUCACUGAGUACGCCCGGGCCUGUGCCCACGCUGACCACCCACUGCACGACUGGAGGCAGUACAUUCCUCAGUGUGCAAAGCAGUGCCCUCCAGGUCUGCAUUACAGAGAAUGUAUCAGCUGCUGUCCAGAGUCCUGCAACCUGGAGAGGACAUGCAUUGACAGCAAACUGGCCUGUCUGGAUGGAUGCUACUGUCCUGAUGGGCUGAUCUAUGAGGACGGAGGCUGUGUGACACCCUCUGACUGUCCCUGUGAGUACCACGGCAUGUUUUAUCCGUCUGGACAGACGCUGCAGGAGGAAUGUAACAACUGCACAUGUGUGGGAGGAGUGUGGAACUGCACCGAGUACAGCUGUCCAGGCGAGUGCUCUGUUACUGGUGAUAUGUAUUUCCAAUCCUUUGACGGACGGAUCUUCACCUUUCCUGCAGCAUGUCAGUAUGUCCUGGCCAAAAGCAGAAACUCAGGGAAGUUCACAGUUACCGUCCAGAACGCCCCCUGUGGAGCGAAUUUGGACGGGGCCUGUAUCCAAUCAGUUAACCUGGUCAUUGACGAGGAUCCAAGAACGGAGCUUACACUGAGCCACAUCGGAGAGGUGUUCAUGGCCGGACAGUACCGCAUCUCUCUGCCUUAUUCUGAUGACGUCUUCCACAUCCAGGAGCUGUCGUCCUUGUUCCUCCAGGUGAAGACGGCGUUCGGCCUGCGUCUGCAGUACAGCUGGAAGGAGUUUCGUCUCUACCUGCAGGCUGAUGAGCUGUGGAAGGAGGACACGGUGGGACUCUGUGGCACCUUCAAUGGCAACAUCCAGGAUGACUUCCUAUCUCCAUCAGGUAUGAUUGAAAGCACUCCUCAUCUGUUUGGAAAUGCCUGGAGAGUCUCAUCAGCCUGUUCGCCCAGCCUCAGUACGCCUCAGCUCGACCCGUGUGACACUCAUCAGCAGGCUGUGGCCUACGCCUCAGCCAUGUGUGACAUACUGAACCAGGAUCUGUUCUUGGCCUGCCACGAGUACCUGAGUCCAUCCUCCUUCCAUCAGCAGUGUCGCUCUGACACAUGUAAGUGUGGGACGCCCUGCCUCUGCUCGGCGCUUGCUCACUACGCUCGUCACUGCCGCAGAUUCUCUGUCAUCAUUGACUUCCGGUCACAAAUACCGGACUGUGCGCUCACCUGCCCACCAACCAUGCAGUAUGGAACCUGCGUGUCCUCCUGCCAGCACCGUUGCUCUGCCCUCUCCAUCCCGCAGCACUGUGGGGAGGAGUGUGAGGAGGGUUGCGUCUGCCCCCAGGGAUCCUUCUACAACCAUCGGACACAGACCUGCGUGCACAGAAGCGAGUGUCCCUGCAGUUUCCUUGGGGCAGAUUAUGAACCUGGAGAUGUGAUCAUGACGUCAGCAGGUGUUCAGGUCUGUCUGAAUGGUAAACUGGUCUCCCAAACAACAGACAGUGCCAGGCUGUGUCCAGCCGGUCAGAUCUACCAGAACUGCUCAGAGGGAGAGGAUGGUUUCUCUUCAGGAAGGGGCGUGGCCUGUGAGCGCACCUGUGAAUCCUACCUGCUUAACCUCACCUGCUCCGCACAUGAGCCCUGUGUGCCAGGAUGUACCUGCACUCCUGGCUUGCUGAAACAUGGAGAUGAGUGCUUUGAACCUGCCUCCUGUCCCUGUCUAUGGAAAGGAAAAGAGUACUACCCAGGGGACAGAGUCUCCUCCCCCUGCCAUCAAUGUGUUUGCCAGCAUGGGACCUUCCAGUGUGAGUUUCAUCCAUGCCCAUCCAUGUGUAUGGCAUACGGGGAUCGCCACUACAGGACAUUUGAUGGACUGCUGUUUGACUACGUUGGUGCAUGCAAAGUCUAUCUGGUCAAGAGCAGUGCUGAUGUGAUUCUCAGUGUAGCAGCCGAGAACAUUGACUGCUUCGACAGUGGAGUCAUCUGUAGGAAAUCUCUGCUGAUCAACAUCGGCAGAUCUUUCAUAGCAUUUGAUGAUGACACAGGGAAGCCAAAUCCAUCCAGCGUGAUUGACAGGAAGCAGAGGAUGUUCAUCUGGCCUGCAGGUUACUACACAGUGGUUCAUUUCCCAGAAGACGACGUCACCGUCCUCUGGGACAGAAAGACAACCAUCCACAUUCAGGUCGGACCUCGCUGGCAGGGGAAGCUAAAUGGGCUGUGUGGAAACUUUGAUAUGAAGACAGUGAAUGAGAUGCGAACACCUGACAACAUUGACUCCCCGACUCCACAGGAGUUUGGAAACAGCUGGACAGCAGCAGAGUGUGUGAACAGUCCAGAUAUCAGACACCCCUGCAGCCUCAGUCCUCUCAGAGAGCCGUUUGCAAAGCGUCAGUGUGCUGUGCUGCUCAGUGAAGUUUUCCAGGCCUGCCACCCGGUGGUGGAUGUUACCUGGUUCUACAUGAACUGCCUGGCAGACACGUGUGCCUGCAGUCGUGGAGGAGACUGUGAGUGUUUCUGCACCAGUGUAGCAGCGUAUGCUCAGCGCUGCUGCCACCAGGGCAUCCCUGUGGACUGGCGCUCCCCGUCCCUGUGCCCGUAUGAUUGUGAAUACUACAACAAAGUUUUGGGUAAAGGUCCCUUCAGGCUGAUCACCUUCAGAGAUCGGACGGCAUGGUUAGCAGCCAGCAGGUCCAGUGGUUUGAUUUUCCUUCAGCGAGGAAACCUCAGCGACAUCACAGCCUCCAGAGUCCUGUCACAGUUCAUGAUGACGCCUGGUCUCAGCAGAGCCCGACCCCAUGACACAUCGCGGGUUUCCUUCGAGGCAGCCGACAGACCAAACUAUUUCCUGUAUGUGAGCCCCAGCGGCCAGGUGAGGCUGAGCAAGUGGGAAGACAGCGAGGCAUUCUGGGACGGAGCCACUUUCGUCCUCCACAGGAACACCUGGGUCCUAGGCUAUGACUCGCUGGAGUCCCAUGCAAAGCCUGGCUUCUUCCUGUACGCCAUGCUGCCCCGCCUCCACCUGCUCAAACACAGACACACAGACAGCUUCCGUAAGGCCACGCUGUUCAAGCUCACAGGUCCUAGCCCAGAUUCUCAGCCUGCCCCUCGUUGUCAGUGGAGGUACGAUUCCUGUGUCAUUCCCUGCUUCAAGACCUGCAGUGACCCAUCAGCUGAAGCAUGUGUCAGCAUCCCAGAAGUGGAGGGCUGCCUUCCUGUCUGCCCCCCUCACAUGGUUCUGGAUGAGAUCACCCGCCGUUGUGUCUAUGUUGAAGACUGCAUCAAAGUCCCAGUUGCUGUGCAGCCUGUGCCACCAUCCACCACACAUUCAACCUCUUCAGCUUCAGCAUCAGUAACAACCACAAGCACCUCUGCCUCCACCACCCCCCUGGAGACCAAAACCACCACGGCAGCAUCUUCCAACCCCCUACACACUUCUACCACUAAACUAAGCACCACUACCUCUGCAGUUAGCACCCAGACAUCAUCUAAGUCACCAUCUGCCCCUGCUGAACAUCCAGCCACUGUUGCCCCCUCUACAGCUCCAGCGGGACCUCCAACCCUUCAAACAGAACCCCCUGCUGUGAGACCAGAGGUGGUGGAGCCACUCUCUACUGUAAAAAUGACUGAAGCAUUGUCUACCACUGGAACAGGUGAAGCGUUAAAGAUGACUGGAGCUGUGAGUUCUACAAGCAAUCCCUUGGGCCCCAGUACACCUAGAACAAGCAGUGCUCCUUUUGCCAUCACAGCCCUGCUCUGGAUCACCUCCUCCACCAAACCCACAGACUUGCUGCCAUCCUUUUACACUACAACCUCCACCACUAUGCAGCCAGAUGCAGAUGCAGCUGCAGAAACAACCACAAGCUCCAUACCAGUGCCAACCACCACUUCAUCUGUUGAUCUUCACUCAACCAAAGAGACAGCAGAGGCUACAGCUUCAUCAGAAGCAGGUAUUCUUAUUGUAACCACUACAAGUCCAAGCCCAGAUAUAUCUACAGUUGCAGCAAGGACUACAAUACCUAGUGCCACUACUACUGCACAUAAAGACAUCAGUACAAAGCCUGUAACUGUGGAACAACCUCCUCCUACAACAGAGACUACACCCAUUCCAACAAGUACAGCCUCUACAAUCUCUUCCCCACUCUAUACGCCAACACCAGUAGAAACAGGAACUGUGCCAUCACCAACAGUCAUGUCAGCUAAAACCACAGAAUCAGUCAAACCAGUUGCACUAUCCUCUACAAGUACACCAACAGCAUUCACAAGUCCAGAGGCAACAUCUCCACCGGUGACUAUCGAGAAGGUUCGUCAGACAACUGAACCUACAACUUCUACAACAAGUAGUCCUGAGUUACCAACAUCAACCACAACCCAUGCAGCAUCAACGACAGCUGUGCCUACUUCAGCUGCCACAGACUGGAGAACAACGACAAAGAAAGUGACCACAUUGGAAUCCACAGUGCCUGAGAUAGCUGGAACUACCAAAAUGACAUUCGCACCUCUGCCUGUUGAGAUCACAGAGACAACCUCUGUGCCCACUACCACAACCUAUUCUGAGAGAACUUCUUGGUCGUCUGCCAAACCAACAACAGAGGAAACCACAACUGCUCCAGAAGUUCCAGAAACAACAAGUCCUCCUCUCACAACCAAACCAACCAUCCCACCAGUGUCUCAAACCACUACUGGACCACCUGUACCAACAGCAGAAAGCUCUACCACACAGACCUCUGAACAGUGGCGCCCUCCCCAUUGGGAGACCUCCUCCACCCCGAGCUACAGUCCUACAAUGAAGACCACACAGGAACCCACCUCUGAGGCUGGCAGCCAUGUAGUCAGUUCUGUCUCAACUACUGAAAUGCCUCGCCUUCCUGUGACGUCCAAAGUUGUUCCCAUCUCCGCUACAUCAUCUUCUGCCACAACAACCCCUAAAAUCCAAGACAUUGUAGUCACCACAACCAAUACAUUGGCCACACCUCCUCACCUACCUGGUAUUCCUGAGACUCUUCUCACCACAGUCUCUACAGGAGUCCCACUAGUUGUUACCACUACUACUAGACCUGAAAUUGUACCACCAACUACAGAGACAACUCAACAACCAACCAGCAGAGUGGAGGUGCAAACAAGAUCUACCUCCGAACCACCUCCAUCUUGGUCCCAACUGCACACGGCUACUUCAACUCCACCCCCGAGGCCGACGACUGCACAUGAUAAAGUCACCACCCGUCUGGUAUCCACUGCAAGAACUACUCCUGCUACCACUACCACCAGCACUCGAACCACCACUGUCAGAACAACACCAAGAGUUCCUGCGACAGCGAGAGUUACCACAAGAGUCACGACAACUCAGAGGUCAACAAUCAGGCCAAUCACUACAAGGGUUACCGUAACCACUAGACCCAUAACAGAAACUACUAGAUCAACCACUCUUGGCCCACCAAGGCCUGGCGCGACAACCACAUCAGGAGUGCCUUCUGAGACAUCUGCUGAGUCUGUCAUGACUUUGAGCACAUCAGAACAGGCUGACACAACUUUAGCCAUAACCACUACUCAAAAACCUGCCACACUCACUACACCUGCCCCAACAGUGACCACCACAGAGUCAUCCACAUCUGAAAAAACCAUGACUGUAAAAGAAACAGACAUGUCAUCAUCCACUUCCAAAGAUGUGACGCCUCCAUCUGAAACCCCGAUCUCUACCCAGAGGCCUCAUGUUCCUGCUUCCUCUACAAUUUCAAUCCCAGCAAUCACUUCAGAAAAAACCACUGAGCAGGAAAGAGUGGAUCACACCACUCCAGGUGCAACAACACCUUCUGCACCGACAUCACCUCAUUUACCAACAGAGACAACCAGACGCACCACAGAGGGGACAACGCCUAUGGCUGUAGCACCUACAAGAAUGUGUACACCCCCAUAUGCUGAAAUUGUGGAUGAAUGCACAAAGUACAUCUGUGUCAACAACCAGCUCGUCCUGUUCAACAAAUCUCAGAGCUGCCCCUUCACCUCUGAACCUCCAAACUGCGGCCUGCUCGGCUUCGCCAUACUGGUCAAUGGAGACAAGUGCUGUCCGAAGUGGGACUGUCCUUGUCGGUGCUCCAUGUUUCCAGAUCUGAAUGUGAUCACGUUUGAUGGGAACAAUGUUGCCAUCUACAAAGCUGCAUCAUACGUGGUGACCCAGCUACCCAAUGAGACCGUUAGCAUCCAGGUUCAGGAGUGUCCUGCUGACUCUGAAUCACCUCUCCUCUGGAAUUUCACCAACCUUUGCCUUGUGGCGCUCAACAUUACCCACAACUCCAACCACAUUAUCAUCAACAGGCUGCAGAGACGGCUCUAUGUCAACGCACGUUAUGCCAAGCCUCGAUUCAAGAAGUUUGGCUUUGAGAUAUAUGACACAGGCAACAUGUACCUGAUCAGGAGCCCAGCUGGUCUCAAGCUGCAGUGGUACCACAGCACCGGUAUGAUGGUGAUCGACACUGACGGCUCCAGCAACAAGCUUCCUACCAUGGGUCUCUGUGGUUUCUGUGAUGGAGACCCUACCAAUGACCUGACUUUAGCUAACGGCACCACAGUGGGUGCGAACGAGGAUCCAGCUCUUUUCAUUGACAGCUGGCAGGUUCCCAACACCACCAGCUACAUCAGUCACAGCCGGCGCCGAGAACUCAACUGCUCCACCAGCGACUGCUCCAGCUGCCUCAGCAUGCUGCAGAACAACGCCUUCUCCCCCUGCCACGCCUUUGUUCCACCGAGCACGUUCUGUGAGGUUUGGAUACGGGAUGCAGAGUACGUCAACAACCAGUGUGUGGCGCUGGCUGCUUAUGUUGCCUCAUGUCACAAAUUUAACAUCUGCAUCGAGUGGAGGAGUCCGGACUACUGCCCGUUCGUGUGUCCUGACACUCUGCGGUAUCAGGCCUGUCUCCCUGCCUGCACAUCUCAGUCCUGCCCAAACCACGACUUCGACUCAGACCCGGACCAGUGUUCAGGACUGACGGAGGGCUGCGUCUGUCCUGAGGGAACACUUCUUCAUCGGCCGUACUCGGCCCUUUGCAUCUCACCUGAGAAGUGUGCCUGCACUGACAGCUCAGGUCUUCCUCGUGCACACGGAGAGGUGUGGAAAGCCUCCAAAGAUGCCUGCUGCAUGUACCGCUGUGAUAAUGACACCAUUGUUCCAAUUGAGUACAACUGCUCCAACAUGGUGUCUCCUGUGUGCCAGAGAGCAGGAGAGGUGAUCAUCAGCCUUGCUGAUGACACCAGCUGCUGCCCCAGGAGAGUCUGUGUGUGUAACCAAAGCCUGUGUGAGCAGUUCCCUCCUGAGUGUAAAUACGGAGAGAAGCUGGUGUCCUACUACAGACAAGACUCCUGCUGUCCAGACUACAUGUGUGAGUGUGAUCCUGACCUCUGUGAGUCGGGUGUUCCUGUCUGCAGAGAGGACCAGACUCUAAUCGCCACCCGAGCUGACGGCAGCUGCUGCCUCGCCCACAUCUGCAUGUGUUCUUCCUGUGCUGAGACGCCUCCACCCUGUCAGGACGGCGAGGUGUUGACAGUGGACGGUAACACCACUGACCACUGCUGCCCCACAUACCAGUGUGUGUGUGAGCCCUACAGGUGUCCCCAGCUGAGUUGUCCUGUCGGGAUGUCGGUGUCAUCUGUUUCCACUCCGGGUCGCUGCUGUCCAAACCAAACAUGCGAGUGUUCGUGUGAAAAGAUCACCUCCCCAAAAUGUGGCCUGGGAGAGGCUGCCCAGUUGGACCGAGCCUUCCUGUCAGACCCACAGAACCAGUGUGCCUGUAAGAGAUACAAGUGUGUGCGAGAGGCUGUCUGCGUGUUUGGCGAGCGAAGCGUGUUGCGUCCCGGCCAGACUCUGGUGGAGCACGAUGAAAACGGUUUGUGUCACAGCCGGCAGUGCAGCCGUAACCUGGACCCGGCGAGCGGCUUCCACCUGCUCCGUACCAGCAGUGUCAACUGCUCCGCCCACUGCCGACCAAAUCAGAUGUACAUCCCUCCAAAGGAUCAGUCGACGUGCUGUGGAGUCUGUAAGAAUAUUUCCUGCCUCUAUGAGCAUGAGAAUGGGACAACAGUUCUCUAUAAGCCGGGGAGAUCCUGGGUAUCAAACUGUAUGAAGUUUGACUGCACUGACACUCUGUCUGGACCCACGCUCAUCUCCUACUCCUUCAGCUGCCCACCGUUCAAUGAAACAGAGUGUAUGAAGAUCGGUGGAACUGUCGUAAGUUAUAUGGACGGAUGCUGCAAGACAUGCAAAGAAGACGGAAAGUCGUGUCAGAAGGUCACAGUGAGGAUGACCAUCAGAAAGAACGACUGUCGCAGCAACAGGCCGGUGAACAUCGUGUCAUGUGAUGGGAAGUGUCCGUCUGCCAGCAUCUACAACUAUAACAUCAACACAUAUGCUCGCUUCUGCAAGUGCUGCAGAGAGACGGGGUUGCAGCGGCGCUCGGUGCAGCUUUACUGCAGCAGCAACUCAACCUGGGUCAGCUACACAAUCCAGGAGCCCACAGACUGCUCCUGCCAGUGGUCCUAAAAUCAGAUCAACAUGUACAGUGUUUCAAUCUACAACAUUUGAACUGAGAGUGAGAAAAAGAGAAAUGUUGCUUAAGGGGGGUUCAGAGAGAGGAAUACUGAGCUGUGAUUGGCUGUCUGGUUCUUAACCUUUUAUUCAGUGGUGCUGGCAGGUAGGUGGUACUUCAGAGUUGCUUAAGAGCCAUUUCACUAAGCAGAAAGCUCAAAACUACAGUUUUUCACAAUUGCUAAGACACAUUUCUUGAACUCUUCCUUCCCUUUCUUUAAAUUAUCAACACAAAACCCAGUUUUUAAGCUACUUUCACAAAACCUCUGACUGAGGUCAAAGAAUUGAGCUUUGUUCUCACACCAUAUACACAGCAUUCAAAAGUCAAACACUUCAGAGCAAAAUAGAAAAUACUGUGGUUAAUGAUCACUCCAGGAAAAAGUUAGUUUGUUGUAAGACAGAAAAGUAAAGUAAAGUUCAUUACAAAAGAUGACAUGAUUGCAAGAAACACCGUUAAGAUUUCCUAAAUAGAUAUUGAAAGGACACAACCUUUUGCACACCUUGGGCCUUUUUUAUUAAGUAGUUGUAGUGAAAACCUUGAGUUUGUUAACCUUGGGAUGAGGGGAAGUUAAAGAUUUCUGUUUCAGAGAAGAAGGAAACUCAACUCCAAGAAUGAGAGGCAAUUCAGGCCUGUUUUAAAGCUCUGAGACAGUUACUGUGGUAACUGAAUCUGUGAAGUUAACCUGGUCAGGAGCAGCCUUUCUUCAGAAAACCUGCAGUUUUUCUCUCUCUCCUCCCUCUGACAGUCAGAAACGAGGUGUCAUUUCAGCUUUAUGUCUUUCAUUCAUUCAGUUUAUUUCAGCCACAUUGUUUAUUCUGAAUAGAAGUCUAUGUUUUAUAUGAUGCAAAGUCUCUAAACUACAUUAAACAUACAUUUUCUACAGAACAUGGCAUGUAUUCAUCAAAGAGCAUAGAGGAAGUGGCUGCAUACUCCACCUGAAGUUACAUUAACAACGGUGGAGGUCAAUUUAAUUAGACUAAUUAACUAAAAGGAUAAAGGGGAGCGUAUUUCAGUUUAAAAGCAACAUUAUGCUGAGGAUAAAACCAGUGCCCAAAUGUCAGCAGUUUGAAGAAAAUCAAAUAAGCUUUGGGAGUACAUUAUAUUUUCUUGAAAAAAGCAGCCAAUUUAUGAUAUCAAAGUUAUACAUUUACUGUAUUCAAAUUGUAAUAUCUUGGAUAAAAAAAAUGUAGAAUAAACCAGGCAGAUAAAAUAUGGCCAAUUUGCAAAUUUCUUUUAUAACUAGAAAAGCACUCAGAGAGCGCAGACCUCCACCAUUAGCCCUAUCUCCCAAUAGUAAAGAAUCCUUUAAAAAAUUCCUGGAUCCAGACGGUGAUCUGGAUCACACCCAAAAUCUAAU